GUCUGAAUUCGCAGCGCGUGUAGCCACGGGCAGCACUUGAACAGUUGAAUUGUGGGACUUUUAAUUUUUAUAUACGAAAGCGUGCCAUGGCUAACCCAAAAGCGCGUGGCUUUGCAUGAAUCUGAGUACCGGCGUCCUUGUGUAGUUGUGUUAGCUACAGAAUAAUCAAAUCUUUCAUUGAUAGGAAAGAAUAAUGAUAUUGAUACUCGUCACCGCCUCCUCCUGUAUAUGUAUGCAAAACUAGUCUUGAAUCUCAUCUCAUCUCAAGACUCGAAGUCCGUCACCCCCGUCUUCGAAUCUAUCUGUGCUCAAUCAGUUAUCAGUUCGACAGUUUCUUGCCUGUUAAAAUCUUCAUUAGCUCAAGUGGUGAUGGGGCUGCUGGCUUUUGAUACAAUAUCUCUUGUUUGAGUUUCGUGGGGGAUGUUUGAGAAGGGGAAUUUUCUGCGAGUUGCAUUCUACCAGCAUUUAGAUUAUAUUUGAGGGAGAAUUCGUUCCUUUCUUCAUGCUAGUAUAUGAUUUGGGACUCUACGACAAAUCUGACUGAAUCAAUUUAACAGAACUUGGAUAGACUCUUCCUACUGGAUUAAAAAUUGGGUAUAGUUUUAGAACAUAAUAUAUAUCAUAAAUUUCAUGCUUGAGAAAGUAUUAUCUUAGUGUCUCUCAACGGUUCAAGUAUCUUCUCCUGAAAGAAAGAUGCAGCGUGUAAGAUUGUCAUCUCAACAGGUGCCAGUGCACAAGCUUGGGGAUCCUCAAGUGACACUAUCCCCAAAGUUUAGACUAGCUGUGGCCCAAUCUUCUCUGUCUAAUUCUUCACGAGAGUUAGAUUUGUCUGUUAUAGGAGAACCCCUAAUUCCAGGCCUUCCUGAUGAUGUUGCGCUUAACUGUCUUGUCCGCCUUCCUGUAGAGAGUCACUCUGCUUGUAGAGCUGUCUGCAAAAAGUGGCAUCUUCUAUUUGGUAGUAAAGAGAAGUUUUUUACUCACAGGAAGCAAUUGGGAUUGAAAGACCCUUGGCUUUUUGUCUGUGCCUACCACAAAUGCACUGGAAAAAUCACGUGGCAGGCUCUUGACCUUACCCACUUUUCUUGGCACACUAUACCUUCAAUGCCUUGUAAGGAUAAGGUUUGUCCCCAUGGUUUUAGGUGUAUCUCAAUUCCUCAUGAGGGCACUUUGUUUGUAUGUGGCGGUAUGGUCUCUGAUGUGGAUUGUCCUCUUGACCUGGCGUUGAAAUAUGAGGUGCAGAAAAAUCGUUGGACUUUCAUGAAUCGGAUGAUUACUGCUAGGUCAUUUUUUGCAAGUGCAGUGAUUGAUGGGAUGAUUUACGUAGCAGGGGGAAACAGCACUGAUCUUUUUGAGCUUGAUUCUGCUGAGGUUUUGGACCCUCACAAUGGUAAUUGGUACUCUAUUGCCAGCAUGGGAACAAAUAUGGCAUCUUACGAUGCUGCAGUUCUUAAUGGAAAGCUUCUCGUGACAGAGGGUUGGUUAUGGCCUUUUUAUGUCUCUCCUAGGGGGCAGGUCUACGAUCCAAGAGCUAAUAACUGGGAAAAUAUGGCUGUUGGACUUAGAGAAGGAUGGACUGGAUCAAGUGUGGUGCUUUAUGGGCACUUAUUUGUUGUUUCAGAGCUUGAAAGAAUGAAGCUUAAGUUGGUCGUAUCUCAAGACUGAAACCAGAAGAAAGUUGUUCGAAAAAACGGGGCUUCAGUGUUCAAUGGAAUGUAAUUGAUGCGCCAGAAAGUUUGUCUUAUUUAACUCCUUCAAGCUCUCAGGUUCUGUUUGCUUAGCUUUCCAUUGUUUUCCAACGUUGUACUGCAAGUGUUGUUGAAGAGAAAUUUAUAUAUAAAUGGCAAAGGUCUGAAAGUUGAGGUGGUAGAGUAAGAACAUGCUUUUAGCUGGUAUUGACAUGUAGUAUUGUUAAAAUUGUUAGUGCAUUAAUCUCUUUCACCUUGAUGAAUGUUCUCGGUAGCAUGAUUGUGAACCACUUAUUGUUCCACUUGGCUGCAAACUCUGCUCCCAAGGUUCUAAUUACUGUGAUUGGAAUCUCAAACUGUGCAAAAUACCAUGCGGAGAAACCCUUCUGUGUUAAUUCAAGCCAUGAAACCUGUGUUAAUUUAUACAGUCCUCGUAAACUGAUUUGCAAUUCAGGCAAGAAAAUCAAAUUGCUUGAUGAUUGAUGUUUUUAAUUAUGGCCAUGAUGUAUAAAUUAUUUUCGUUUUUUGUUGCCAGUGGUGAAUGAUUCAAAUACAUAAAAGAUGCCCGUUGUUCACCUGCCCAUUUUUCAUGGCUAUACACAUAUACAAAUUAAAUAUGUAUAUACCAUUUAUGGACCAUUUAUUGUUUCAUGUUGUUUAAAGAUUGCAUGCAAUCUGUGUUGCAUAUGCAAGCCUACUCUCUUGUCCUUCUCUUUACUUGUCAUGCUGCUCUAUUUCAUGUUAUACAAUAGCUAAAUGAAAAUUAUGCUGUAUAAAAGGCUCAAACUCAAAGCUGAUUGGAAUUAUAGACCAUAUUGACAUUGCAAGUUAUGAUUUGUCUAGGAUCCAAGCAACUCUUGCAUUUGAAAGUUUAGAAGUAAAUAUCUUUUAUGGUUUCCCCUUAAUUAACUGAGCACCACCUGCAUGUUCAAAUCCCUUUGCUCAUGGCUAUUUACCACAUUUUCCUUAGACCUAGAGAAGAUUCUUCUGAGGUGGCCUAAACUCGGGAAACAUCACACUAUAUUUUUCACUAUGUAUUGAACCUUAAUAACCUCUGUUAACCACAAAAGUAAUUUAGCAGCUAUCCGAAUUGACUCUUGUAGGCAAACAUAUAUUAUUGUGUGGUUUACUUGGGUGGCAUCCUUCUGGAAAUUCUACAGCCUGAUUGAUAUUCAUGGCGGGGUAGGCAUCUGAGGUGAAUCUAUGGAAUUAUGUAAAUGUUGUUCCUGUUGCCCACAUUGGCUAGAUGCUGUUUGAGGGAUGGCUUAUGCCUAACAUUGUGGAUUUGCGGUGCCAUACUGUGUUUCAACAAUUGAUUCAAGACUUCAUUUUUUUUUUAUUGAAAGGCAUGAGGAUUGCGAGAGAAUAUGAAAUUCUGUCAUCUGAGUGGCUUCCUAUAAACCUUGUUAUAAAUAUUUGAAAGGUAUACAGUGAACGUACUAGAAGUGCUUCAGUUGAAGAAAUAUUUUGCUUGAAUGGGCAGCCAAAGCAGAUGCAGAAGUGGGUGUGGCAAAUUAUGAAGUGGUUUAGCCGUUGAAAUGAGUUUUUCUUUUCCAUUGCGGAAGAUAGGGUAGUCAUGAAUGGAUGAGAAAAGAUUGAGACUCUAAAUUAAUUAUUUGAUGAUAGUGAAGUUUCAGUUGUGGGGGAGAUUUAUUUGCUUGAAUGUCACUCCUCUGAGAGGAGAGGUCCCAUUGUCCUUUUCAGAAGGAAAAUUUUUGACCUUUUGAAAUGAUGUCAAUCAGUUCAUUUGCUAGUUGCCUAAGUCUGGCUUCCUAAUGGCCAACGAACCGAUCAAUUAUUAUUUUUAUUUUAAUUCGCGUGUAUUUGGAUGAUUGAUCUGGAUAUAAUAUAUGCUGGUUUUAAGGAGCAUUUUAGUUCAA